AUCUUGCAAUAGUUUUUGACCCAGUUCAACUUUAGUCCUGAAAUUAGCUAACAUGGCGUCGACGGCCCGCCGGAAGCCUGUUCCAGAGGCUAUGAGCGAAGACAGCGUAGAACAAGAGUUUGGCGGUGAUUACUCGGAGGCUAGCCUUGAGUAUAUCCGGGCCCUCGGCCCAAAGAAGGGUGCUCCAUUUGCGGAGGUGGACCCUGCGGAGCAAGCGGCAGCGCUGCCACCGUCGCAGGCGGAAUGCGAAGCAGCUAAGGCGGUAUUGGAGAACUACAAGCGCGAUAUUGACGCGCUGAAGACCUAUCGGCCAAGCGAGCAAGAACGGGCGGCAAUUGACGCGAGGCGCGCGCUGGCGCUGGAAGCAACGCCGGAGGAGCUGACGUGGCUGAAGAUGCGGGAGUACUACGCAACCCAGCGCGCCGCAGCUGCCGACGGCGCCGCUAGCACCUCCGCGCCCGGCGCCGGCGACGCCGCCAGCGCCGCUGCCGACAAUGACGUCGCUGCGCUACGCGCAGAGAUGCUGCGUGUGGCCAUGGAAGCACUGGGCUCCGCCACGGAAACCGAGGAGCUGGAGGCCCGCGCCCGCUCGCACCUCGCCGCCAGCAGCGCCGGCCGGCAAUGGUCUAGAGGCGUUGCCGGCGGCGCCGGCGCCGCCGCAUCAGGGGAGGCCUCCGCCGCUGUGCUGGCAGCCGCCGCGGACGCGGCUGUCGCGAGCGUGAUGGUUGGCACUGGCGCCCGCUACCGGGACGACUACCUCGAGGAGGAGCGGCUGACUCGGCAGGUGGCGAAGCAGCGGGGGCAGCGCUCACAGGCGUUCGCGCUCAGCCUGGCGGCGGCGGUGGGCGUGUCGGUGGCGCGGUGGUGGCUGCGGCGCGGGCGCGGCGGCGCGGGAGCGGGUGGAGGCAGCGGCGGGCCGUCGCGCUCUCGGUCUACGCAGCAAAUGCAGUGAUGCGGCUGUGCUGUGCCGUUCAACUGUGUUCCCCGGGGGGCCGGGAAUUGGCAAGUGUUGGCAGCGGUUACGGAGGCUGAGGAGGCCGUGGCACAGAGUAUGAGCAGCAGGACACGUCGGGACGGGGGAGCUUCUCUUGGGCUGGGAAGUACGCGUUCCAAGCAGAGUGUAUGACAACCUUCCGGGCGGGCAUCGUGGGCAGGAGGCGUGGAGCAAUUCCGCCUCAGCUUGCGGGCAUGCAGGGUUUGAAGGGUAAGUGAAGAUGAAGUUCACGGACACAAUGGGAAGAACACGGCGGGGGCGUGGCAACACGCACGUGGCGUGUGGUGCUACUUAAAAUGCCGGCGUCGCGUGGAUUGUCAACGCCGCGGAAAUGGGCCGGCCGAGGUUCGCACACAUAUCCCGCGUGGACUCGUUUAGCGAACUUGAUGGACAUGUGUUUGUGCAGUUGGGUGAAGCCGAUUAAGACGAGAUGGAUACAGCGAUAGAGAGGUGACAGGUGCGGCGCAGAGUUGGCGUGGUUCAGGUGUUGCCGCUCCCUGCCAUGGGGAAAUUGGCUGGCCUUGCAGCCCGAUUGAGCGGCAGGGGCUUACGGUGUACAGCGUAGUUGCCCGAGUACCGAGUGUAUGGCGAUGUUGCAAGGGGGCCGUGAGCCGGCAAGGUCACGGUACAAUACGAGGCUGGGAGCAUCAGCUUACCGGUGGCUGUGUGGUACGCGCGGAGCAGGAUGGACAUAAGUCCGCUACCUGGGUGUCUGUCUGCGCGCCUGGCUCAUGCUCCAGUUCUGCCUUGUAGGCGGUCAGGGAUGUAAUCGAUGCUACGC